CAACUUCAUAAAGUAUAACUUCACUUGGUGAAGUGUUAUAAAGACAUUCUGUGAUUUUUAAAGCAUUUCUGCAAACUCAAAAAGUUUAAAUAGUGCCACUGUGAGGGCGGCAGGAGCUGCUGGGUGGGCGGUAUGUUGUGCGGUUGCCUCACCCCAGGGUUUUGGGGUCUGUGGAGCUACAUUAGGGUCAAAUGUUUUGUACUUGAAAAAAUAAAAUUUGAAACUGAAAAUUCAUGUGUGAUCUUGAAUUUUGAAAAAUACAACAAUGUAUUCAAAAUAAAAAUAACUGUAUGAAACCUUUUUUUCAGGUUAAAUAUAAUUUUGAUUCACUUUGCUAACUCUUUUGAAUGAAUAAUUUAUUUUCACUUUUCACUUCCAUAUGUAUUUUAACAUUUGAGGUCUUAUUUUUUUCAGUUGCAUGUUUUAUCUUUUCAGAUUCAGAUCUUAUUUUUUACAGUUUCAAAUCUUAGUUUUUCACUUUCAAAUGUUUUUUUCACUUUCAGAUCUUUUUUUUUUCCACUUUCAAAUCUGUUUUUUGAGUUUCAGACUUUUGACCCUGAUGUGGCGUGGGGGGCGUGGCAUCAACUGAGAGGGGUGUGGAAUCAUGAGUGAAAAAAAUUCUGACUCAACACUUAUAUACACCAUAUUCAUGUGACUGGCAGUGUAAAAAUUGAUGCCAGUGACAAACUUCCAUUUAGAAAUCUGUUUUAGACAGUACUGAGCACCAAUUGCUGUACAAGAGCAAUAAAUUAUGCCAGAUUUUGCAGAUCAACAGCCACAUUUUAAGUGCUGAUAUGUCCGAUUUCCACAUAGCACUGUGAACGCAGCGUAGUGUCCGCUUGCGAUGAUGGUGUCCAGUCGGUCGGGUCAAUCUGCUGGAACCCAUACAUCCAGCACACAGAACUGUUCGAUUUCCAUGGAGUCUGGAUGACGCACCUUGUGACAGAUAACUGGGAGAACAUUCAAAACUUUCGGGCCAGGCCAGAUGAUAUACUCAUUGCUUCAUACCCCAAAGCAGGAAACACGUGGUUCUCCUACAUCCUUGACCUGCUGUAUUUUGGUCAGACAUCUCCAGAGCGUCAGACGUCUGUCCCUCUGUAUGCAAGGGUGCCUUUCUUGGAGGUCCACAUACCUUCUCUGCAGCCAGGAUCACGGCCCCCACCUAUAGUCAAAGGAACAGAGCUGGUAGACAAGCUCCCCACCUCUCCUCGCAUCAUCAAGACUCAUCUGCCAGUCCAGUUUGUGCCAAAGUCCUUUUGGGAGCAAAACUGCAAGGUCAUAGAUGCCUUUAAAAUAGUCUACGUGGCCCGCAAUGCAAAGGACAGUGUGGUGUCUUAUUUCCAUUUUGAACGCAUGACCGUGAUCAACCCAGAGCCUGGAGACUGGAGCAGCUACCUCCAAAGAUUUUUAGAGGGAAAGGUGGUGUUUGGAUCCUGGUACGACCAUGUGAACGAUUGGUGGGAGAAGAAACAGAGUUAUCCAAAUCUCCAUUACGUGUUCUACGAAGAAAUGAUCGAGGAUACUGGACAAGACCUAGACAAACUCUGCUGCUUUCUUGGUCUGUCUCCUUCAGCUGAGGAGAAGGAAGAGAUUCUAAGAAAAGUGCAGUUUGAUGAAAUGAAAAAGAACAACAUGGUUAACUUUUCUACUUUCCGGGCGAUGGAUUUCAAAAGGUCUACCUUUAUGAGGAAAGGGAAGGUUGGUGACUGGAAGAACUAUUUCACUGUGGCCCAGAGUGAACAGUUUGAUGAAGACUACAAGAACAAGAUGAAGAAUUCUACACUGCAAUUUCGCACUGAAGUUGAGAGCAAGCGGCAGCCUACAGGGCUGAACAAUGAAGCCAACACCGAAGUGCCAGAAACUGCAGUUCUUUGAGUGACCACUUGAGGCUGGCUUCAGAAACUACUCAACCCACAUCGACCUCCAUGCGAAAAUGCCCAACUUUACAGCAGAAAUAAACAUAUUCACAGCCUGAUACAGAAAACAGAUUUGUUCUUCAUAGCUUCAUGACAACUGUACCCAAAUAUGGUCACUUCUUGCUCCAAAAUACCAAGAUAGCAACAGCCAGAAAAGCCAAACUCAAGGCUUCAAAAUUGGAGUCCACAAACCAUAGGCUGACAUCAUGGAAGCUACGUCCAUUACUUUUACAGUCAAUGUUUUAGAGGCUGUGCAUAAUAAAACAAUCCUGAACUGAUAUGUGAUUAAAUAGAUAAUAAUGCUGAUAUUACUGAGUCUGGUGUUAAAUUUCAUUGACAAGACCAUUGUCUAACCUGUGUGACACAUUUGUUCUUUAGACGACUGAUGUUAUGAUAUCAUUAAAAAAUAGGGGAAAAGAUCUGCAAAAAUUAAAACUUUUUAAGUGUGAAACAUGUUAAAUGUUGGAAAUCUGCAUUGUAUCUCUAGUUUUUGGUUUUUCUGUUGUUUUUCCUUGUUUCAUGAUUUUCAUUUAACUUUAGUCUGUUUCCAGUUUUAUUUUGUAGGGUCACUCCUCAUGUGUCAUGUCGGGUUUUUACUUCCUGCCUUUGUGUGUUUUCCCUCCAUGGUGAUUGCCUGCCCUGAUUUGUCUCACCUGUUCCUCAUCUAUCCUGCUGUCACCAGUCCCUCGUUAUCACCAUACUUUCCUUGUGUAUUUGCUGCACUCCCUUUGUCCUUUGUCAGUCUGUCUGUGUUGGCCUUUUGUGCUUUUUGCUGGAUUCCCUCCCUGUGUUCCUUGAUUAUUGUAAUACCAGUUUGGUUUUUGUGGGGUUUUUUAUCAUGCAUCUGUGUGUGUGUGUGUGUGUGUGUGUGUGUGUGUGUGUGUGUGCUAAUCUCACAUACUAUCGGACCAAUCAGCCUAAUACUUUGUGCAGACAACUAUGACUGUAUGCUCAAGGACCUCUUGUGCUUGUGGUAAUACAUAAUUAUUUAAAAUAAAACUUGUUUAAUGAACUGUU